AAUGUGGAUGAUGCAAUGACAGUGCUGCCUAAACUGGCCACAGGUCUAGAUGUCAAUGUGCGAUUCACAGGAGUCUCUGAUUUUGAGUAUACACCUGAGUGCAGCGUCUUUGACCUACUAGGCAUACCUCUGUACCAUGGCUGGCUUGUUGAUCCACAGAGUCCUGAGGCUGUGAGUGCAGUUGGGAAACUGAGUUACAACCAGCUGGUAGAGAAGAUCAUCACCUGCAAACACUCCAGUGAUACCAACCUCGUGACAGAAGGCCUGAUUGCAGAACAGUUCCUGGAGAACACAGCAGCCCAGCUGACUUACCAUGGACUGUGUGAGCUGACAGCAGCUGCCAAGGAGGGUGAACUUAGCGUCUUUUUCCGAAACAACCACUUUAGCACUAUGACUAAGCACAAGAGUCACUUGUACCUGCUGGUCACUGACCAGGGCUUUCUACAGGAGGAACAAGUAGUGUGGGAGAGCCUGCACAAUGUCGACGGAGACAGCUGCUUUUGUGACUCUGAUUUUCACCUAAGUCAUUCCCUGGGCAAGGGUCCUGGAGCAGAAGGUGGGAGUGGCUCCCCAGAAAAGCAGUUGCAGGUAGACCAGGACUACCUGAUUGCUUUGUCCCUGCAGCAGCAACAGCAGCCACAAGGCACGCUGGGUCUUAGCGACCUGGAACUGGCCCAGCAGCUUCAGCAGGAGGAGUACGAACAGCAGCAAGCAGUCCAGCCUGUGCAGACACGGGCCCCACCACCACAGGGGAGAGGAGCCACAUCUGGACGCCCAGCCGGGGAGCGUCGGCUGAGGCCCAAGCACGAGUCAGACUGUGUUCUGCUGUAGCGCUGCCCCAAUGCCAGGCUGACCGGCCCCUUCUUUCAGAGGCUAUGGCUAGUUUGCUUGCUCCCCCACAUCAACCCCUGAGAUGUGCAGGGUGACUUAUUUAUGGACUGCUGGGGAUCAGAGCAGGCAGUAGACGCCAAGGUCAGACUCGGUAACGUCCUUGCCCUCACGUGCUGCUGCCUUUCUUCUUCUCAUCCAGGGCAACAUUGAGAUUAGUGGGGUGAAGAUUUCUGGUUCCCAAUUCCCUUUCUCAGAAUAGUCACAUGAAUAUACAGACUCAGGCCCCAGGGUGAGGUCCCUGUCUGGAAUGCGUCCCCCUCCUUCCUAUCUCUGACUGGGUGCCCCUGACUACCCAGCAGGCCUGUCUCCAUUUGUUUCAGGAUUUGAUUUGGGUUUCUAUCUCCACUAUUUGUAAUGCCUUCCUAAGGUUUGGAAAUAAAACUUCUUUCCUGAGAUCUGUU